AUGGCGGCGGAGGCGGUGACCUUGACCAUCAGCCGUUUUCUGGGCCGCAGCCUCCGGGCAGGCCGGGGCCUCCCUGUGGUUGCCAGGUGUUUUGGAGGGCAGAUUGCGCCCACAGGGGAAAAAAUUACCAGCUCUGGCCGGGUUUGUGAUGAAGAAAACUACAGGAGGAUUCACUUCGUUGGUCACCAGAAACAGCGGCCGGGAGCCAUCACCGCUGCCAACGGCUGGCCGCCUCCGCCUCAGCUCUCUUUCUUCACCACCUCCUCCUCCGCCUCAGCCCAGAGCCCCUCUUCGACCUCCCAGGUGCGACAGAACUUCCACCAGGGCUCCGAGGCGGCCAUCAACAAGCAGAUCAACCUGGAGCUCUACGCCUCUUAUGUCUACCUGUCCAUGGCUUACUACUUCGACCGAGAUGACGUGGCGUUGAAGAACUUUAGCAAGUAUUUCCUACACCAGGCCCAGGAGGAGAGGAAUCAUGCCGAGAAGCUGAUGAAGUUUCAGAACCAACGAGGCGGCCGGAUCUUCUUUCAGGACAUCAAGAAACCAGACAGCGAUGACUGGGAGAGUGGGCUGAAAGCAAUGGAGUGCGCACUGAAUUUGGAAAAAAAUGUCAACGAGUCCUUACUGGAAUUGCACAAGCUGGCAGGUGCCGAAAAAGACCCCCAUUUAUGUGAUUUCAUCGAAACCCAUUACCUGGAUGAACAGGUAAGGUCCAUCAAACAAUUGGGCGAGCACGUAACCAACCUACGCAAAAUGGGGGCCCCAGAUUCUGGCAUCGCAGAAUAUCUUUUUGACAAGCACACCCUCGGAGAAAGUGACUACGAGUCCUAA